GGCCGUUAGGUGGACGGUGGAGGAUAUUUAAAGUUGUUGCAGAUGCAGAGCUCUCAACCAGCGGCUCCUACACUGAAUCCAGAUCAACAGGUCCUCAAACUCCUCAAAGCCUCGCUGUUCACCACCGGGACAAGGGGUAACAAUGGGGAUACAAAGAGAAACCCUGAGAAGGAUGGCAACGACAUUCAGAGUGCGGAGCGUGCUGGCAAAGCAAUGCCUGGCGGAAUGUUUGGGAACGUUGAUCCACACGAUGCUCAGCUGUGGAGCAAUGGCACAAUACACCCUCAGUCGCGGUGAGCAGAGAGAGUUUUUGACUCUUACUUUCACCCUUGGCUUUGCGGUGGCUCUUGGUAUACUUGUAACCGGUAAAGUGUCAGGAGCUCACUUGAAUCCUGCUGUGACCUUUGCUUUGUGCUUACUUGCUUGUGAACCCUGGAUAAAAUUCCCCUUCUUCUUUGUGGCACAAACAUUGGGAGCAUUUUUUGGAUCUGGGAUAAUGUUUGGCUUGUAUCACAAUGCAAUAAUGCACUAUGGUAACAAUCAACUCACAAUCAUUGGACCCAAUUCCACUGCUGCUAUAUUUACCACAUACCCAUCCGAAGAUUUGACUGUGGUGAAUGGGUUUCUUGACCAUGUCAUCGGCACGGCCGCUCUCAUAUUCUGUAUCCUGACCAUCGCGGAUCCACUGAAAAGACCGGUGGCCACAGGGCUGGAGGCUUUCACCAUAGGCUUUGUGGUUCUAAUCGUUGGCUUGUCCAUGGGCUUCAACUCCAAGUAUUGCUUAAAUCCUGCCAGAGACAUUGGACCUCGUUUGUUCAGCGCCAUGGCUGGCUGGGGAUAUGACGUUUUCAGCACAGGGAACUAUUGGUUUUGGGUGCCAGUUCUCAGCCCAAUCGUCGGGGCCAUGUUUGGCGUUCUGGUCUAUCAGUUCAUGGUGGGUCUGCAGGUUGAGACAAAAAGUAACUGCACGUCCCAUUCAGAGGAAACCGUAAAGUUAACCAGCGUGAAAGCGAAGGGCAGGCGUUGACGGCUUGUUAUAACCUCCAGAUAUCUCCCCCUGUUCCUCUCCAUUCCCUUUUGUCAAAUCCAAAUCCAGGUUAAUCCCUUCGAACAACUCAUUCAUUUUCACGUUUUCAACAAAUCUGUAUAAUUUCCCAACGUUUUUACAACACGCGGAAAUGUUUUUUUCUGGUACAUUUUUAACUCUGCUUAUCGGUCGGCUGGAAGAAUAUUUUUUUGAAAACUUACAGUGUUCUGUCAUGAAUGAGAAAUUAUCAUUUUCAGUACUGUAUAUUAUUAUUGAUGUAAAAAAUAUGCCAUCAACCUAAAAAGUUAUUAAUAGACACUAAUGUCCUUCAUGUAUUUUGCUGAGAUGAUGACCAAUCCCUGAUGAAAUCCAAACUAAUAAACAAACAAACAAACAAACUAAAGGACUGACUA